CGCAUGAUUUGCGUGUAGACAACACUGCUGAUAGCAGUGAAUACAGUUUGAGAAAAGUGGUUGGUUGGAUGUGCAUAGAAGGGAUGUCCGAUGAAGGCGACGUGGAUAUGACAAAGCAGCAGAAGGGUGGAACAUACAUGCCAUCCGAUUUCAAGCAGACGCUGAUGACACAGACGAAGAAAUGGGGAAUGCUUGUUGAAGGUUCUAAGGACGAGAUGAAGAGCGGUGCAGCAGAAAUUUUAGUACUCUCGCGUUUGAAGGACAUACCGCAAGCUCCCCCACAAGACUUCCAAGAACUUCCAGUAAUUAUUGCAAACGGGGUGGAGUAUGUUUUACUCGACCAACUGGUGGAUUUCAUGAAAAAGAAACCUGACGAUCGGAAUGUCAUACAUGAGGCAUUGCAUGAUGUGACAGAGCAAGCACUGGCGGGCAAGGACCUCAUUACGUACAGGGUGCGGAGUGUGGACGAUGAUGUUGUAUGUGGUACUCCAUUGUGGGAUGGAAUGUUCAUGACAGUUUUGCAUCACCUCAGCAUUGCGACUUCUGAGGUGGAUAGAAAUAGGUUAAGGAAAGAAGGAUGGAAGUUGGUGGCCAGGGAAGCAGAUGUUGCACUUCAUGCAGCAGAUGGACAUGCUUCAGCAGACGAAGAAAUUGUGAGAACAACCUCCAUCGUGCGUUCUCCAAUAAACACAAUGUCGACGAAGGAGGUAAAAGAAGAAGAUGUGUUCAAUGAGUGGACAAUGACAGAACAACAACGGAAAUGAGGGUUCGAAGACUCUUCUUUACCGAUCGAUUUCGAACAUGAGAUCGAAGAAACAAGAGUGAUCAACAAUGAAAAAGAUGCGAGGGC